AUGAAUGCAGUUUAUAAUAUUGUUGCACGCGAUCCAAAUACCCAGAUUUAUACACUUUAUCGUCGUCGAUUUUAUGUUCUUGCUAUUUUUUCGUUUCUUUCUUUUAAUCAAUGUGCUUUUUGGAUCACAUUCUCUCCUAUUUCACCAAGCACUCAAAUUUUUUAUGGAAUUUCAUCAUCAACUGUCGAUUAUCUUCUGAAUUGGGGGCCAAUCGUAUUUAUUCCUUGUCUUCCACUUGCCUAUCUUCUCCUCAACAGAAAAAAUGGUUUUCGACUUAUUAUGAUCAUUACAACAAUCAUCUCCAUUGUGGCCACUCUUGUUCGUAUCAUACCUUUGAUCUUUAUCUCUCCGUCCCAUCCGCAAUUUAGAACUAUCUCUGUUCUCUUUCUUCAUGUUGGCCAGAUUCUUAAUGCUGCUUGUGGUCCUUUAGUAAUGGCGCCCGUUUCUCAAUUGUCAUGUCUUUGGUUUAGUCCCAAUGAGAGAACACGUGCGACCACAGUCGCUAUCAUGGUAAACACCUUCGGUGCAACUAUAAGUUUUCUUAUCAAUCCAUCAAUUGUCGCCCGUCCUACGAAUAUACCUUACCUGUUAUACUUUCAUUUCGCUUUAGCACUUUUAGUUGCCAUUCCCGCUCUCAUAUAUUUUCCUGCUGAACCACCAACAGCUCCAUCAGCUGCGGCUGAGUUACUCAUGGGUGGAAAAGAGAAUAACACCGAUUCAGGCUUGAAAGCUUACAUAAAAGGUCUUCAACAAUGUGCUACUAACCGGUCAUUUGUUCUACUUGUAACUGUUGGAGGCCUGAUGACAGGAACUUUUGGACUGUGGACAGGAUUAUUUUCUACAAUUCUCGCUUUUGAGAAUUAUUCUGAAAAACAGGCUGGUAAGUUUCGUCGGUUUCUUUUUCUAGGUUUACUUUAUCUUGAUAUGCAUGGAUUUAUGUGA